CCCAACUCUUAUCUCUGAUCCGCACCUGCGGGGUAAUUACUAACGCUGGAAUGCGGGGCUUGACAUGUCAGAUGAGAUGCCUGAUGUCUGAUAUGCGCUGCAUGUUGCACACCUGCAAUCGACAUCCUGCUCGCCACAAUGGGCAAUAACACGGACAAGCGAAGAGUGGUAAAUGCGUGCGCGCGAUGCCGACAGCACAAGAUAAAAUGCUCUGGCGACAGUCCCUGCGGCAACUGCAGACAGCGCAAAGUCCGAUGCAAGUUCGAAGGCGAGGACACCAAGGUGCAUAUCACCAAGAAGCACUUCUCAGGACUGAAGCUGCGGAACCGGGAGCUUGAAGAAGAGAAUCGGGCGCUGCAGCAGCGACUGGAGGCUCAUUUGAACGCGGUGUCUCGUGUACCUGUUGGGGGCUCGCCUUGCCCGACGCCUCCGUUAAAUCACCCCAGUGUUCCCAGUGUUCCCAGUGCGGUAUCUUCGUUGAAGCCGCCGGGUGUGGCUCAGGAUGAAGCCGAUGAGGAUGAUGGAAGCAGCACUAUGGUUAAUCCGCUAUCUUGCGGGCCUCCAAAGUAUAUCACAGAUACAGCCGGUCGACCACACUACCUUGGACACACCUCGAGCUGGUCCCUCACAAUACGUCUCCUCCAUCUCACCCACCAAGCCUUAUACAAGUGUCCAUUCCCCAGUGCGGCGCACCACGUCGACACAAUGACAUACAGCCUGCAAUGGAACGGCCUUCGAAGCCCAGUGAUCCCCGACAUCCGCGGUCUCCCCUCGCUAGACCAUGCUCUGUUUCUUCUCAACGCCACCAAAUUCCGCACAGGCCAGAUCUUCCACCUAUUCGACGAGCCGCGCUUCUUGGCCCAGAUCCACCAGUUCUACAACGACCCAUGCAACCCCAGCCACACGGACAGUCUGUGGUUCAUACAUUUCCUCGUAAUCAUGGCGCUGGGGAAGGCAUUUAUUGGGGAAAAGAGUCGCGGGACAAGUCCGCCUGGGGCGGAGUACUUCACGCGCGCGUUCAUGAUGCUCCCUGAUUACAGCUUCAUGUGGAAGGAUCCCUGUACCGCAGCUGAGCUUCUUUGUGCAAUGGCGCUCUAUCUUCAGUCCAUUGACUGGAGGACUUCUGCGAAUAACCUAAUCGGACAAGCGCUGCGCAUAAUGCAAGUACACGGCUACCACACGAAUGUGUCCGGGGUUACAAACGGCAAAGACCUCAUCCGUUGUCAGAAUAUCUGGUGGACCGUGUAUGUGCUUGAGCGGCAGACCUCGGUUCUCCUGGGAGUGCCGCUUGCUGUCAACGAUAGCGACAUCACAGCCUCGCUUCCAAACGACACCGAGUCAGUGGCGAGAACCCUAACCAUUGCGAUUCAUGUCAAGCUGUCGCAGGCCUUUAGCCAGGUGGUGAAUUCACUCUAUAAAGGGAGUGAGAACCUGAAUUCGUCAUAUGUCAAGACGUCGCAGGAUGUUUUGCAACGAGUGGCAGACGUGGCAUCCGACCUUCGAGAGUACUUCCCAGUACCUGAGCCGGAAUCCCUGAAUGGCAUAUCACGGGUGUCUGGGUACUUGAAUCUCCUUUAUCACCGGUGCAUAAUGCUUGCCAUCCGACCCUUCCUGUUCGGCCUUGUCGAGACAUGCGUCGCCUUGGAUAACCCAGGAAUGACAGUCCCAAUGCCCAUCCAGCUUCUCCUCCAAGUCUGCCUCGAGUCCGCGAAGAAGACAGUGUAUAUACUGGAUUCGCUGCAUGAUCAGACCCUACUUGAAUGGUUCCUCCCCUUCGACUUAGAGAGCGCAGUCUCGGCCAGCCUCGUCAUCACGAUGGCUACAGUGGCCUGUCCAUAUUUAGUCGAAAGUCCCCAGACCUGGCUCAGCAGGAUUUCAACCCUGCUUGACCAGAUAAUAGAUAAAGGGAACCUGAUAGCCGCAGACCAAAGGCGAGAGCUUAAUGAGCUGCAGGACCUCUGUGCGAAACUGACAGCCGAGCCGCGCAUGCCUCGCCAGCACACCGGUUCACAAUCGUAUGCCUCUGUGCAGCCGAGGCAGGGGGUGAUACAGGCGCCGUUAAGCCCUGAUAAUACGGAGUAUGUGGCGGGGACUGUACCUGGCGGCGUAGAGGCUGCUGCUGCUGCAAGGGAUAUAUGUCCAGGACCAGGGCCAGGCCAGAUUGAUGCUUUAGACUGGGCGCGCGAUAUGACGCCGUCGCAGCUUCUGGGGGUUGUCGAUAUGCUUAAUGGAGACGAUCUGUUAAACUGGAUGGAUUUCCCGAAUAAUUACCUUGGGACGGGGGGUAUCGAUUGAUGUGAACAUUCGCCAUUGUAUGAUAUGUAUAAUAGAAUAUGCUGUCCAGUUACAGAC